AGCCGGCCGCUCUCUGCGCGCGCGGCAGGCCCUCUCUCCCGCCUCCGCCGGCCUCUCGCCGACCCGCAGCCGCUCUCGGGCUCCGGCCGGGUCUUGCGCGCUCGGGCGCUGCUGGGUCUCUUCGUGAGAAGCCUCGCGCCGUUCGGCGCACGCCGUACCCCUGCCUCGAGGCGCGGGGUCUCGUGGGCCCCGCCCCCGCCCUCCGCUCGCCUGGCCCGGACCGGAAGCGGCGCCGCACGGCCUGGGCCUGGCGCGGGGGGCGGGCACCGGGGCCCGGUCGGACAUGGGCAAGAAGCACAAGAAGCACAAGUCGGACAAACACCUCUACGAGGAGUAUGUAGAGAAGCCCUUGAAGCUGGUCCUCAAAGUGGGAGGGAACGAAGUCACCGAGCUCUCCACGGGCAGCUCCGGGCACGACUCCAGCCUCUUAGAAGACAAAAACGAACAUGACAAACACAAGGACCGAAAGCGGAAAAAGAGAAAGAAAGGAGAGAAGCAGGUUCCAGGGGAAGAAAAGGGGAGAAAACGGAGACGAAUAAAGGAAGAUAAAAAGAAGCGAGAUCGGGACCGCGUGGACAAUGAGGCAGAAAAAGACCUCCAGUGUCAGGCCCCUGUAGGAUUAGACUUGCCUCCUGAGAAGCCUCUUGCAAGCUCUUUAGCCAAACAAGAAGAAGUAGAACAGACACCCCUUCAAGAAGCUUUGAAUCAACUGAUGAGACAACUGCAGAGGAAAGACCCAAGUGCUUUCUUUUCAUUUCCUGUGACUGAUUUUAUUGCUCCCGGCUACUCCAUGAUCAUUAAACACCCAAUGGAUUUUAGUACCAUGAAAGAAAAGAUCAAGAACAAUGAUUACCAGUCUAUAGAAGAACUAAAGGAUAACUUCAAACUAAUGUGUACUAAUGCUAUGAUUUACAACAAACCAGAGACCAUUUAUUAUAAAGCUGCAAAGAAGCUAUUGCACUCAGGGAUGAAAAUUCUUAGCCAGGAGAGAAUUCAGAGCCUGAAGCAGAGCAUAGACUUCAUGGCAGACUUGCAAAAAAGUCGAAAGCAGAAAGAUAGAACAGACACCUCGCAGAGUGGGGAGGACAGCGGCUGCUGGCCAAGAGAGAGGGAAGACUCUGGAGACACUGAGGCACAAGGCUUCAAGAGUCCCAAUAAGGAAAAUAAAAAGAAAGACAAAGAUGUACUUGAAGAUAAAUUUAAAAGCAAUAAUUUAGAAAGAGAGCAGGAGCAGAUUGACCGCAUUGUUAAGGAAUCUGGAGGAAAGCUGACCAGGCGGCUUGUAAAUAGUCAGUGUGAAUUUGAAAGGAGAAAACCAGAUGGAACAACAACACUGGGACUUCUCCAUCCUGUGGAUCCUGUUGUAGGAGAACCAGGCUACUGCCCUGUGAGACUGGGAAUGACAGCUGGAAGACUUCAGUCUGGAGUGAAUACUUUGCAGGGGUUCAAAGAAGAUAAAAGGAACAAGGUAACUCCAGUGUUAUACUUGAAUUAUGGACCCUACAGUUCUUAUGCACCACAUUAUGACUCCACAUUUGCAAAUAUCAGCAAGGACGAUUCUGAUCUAAUCUAUUCAACCUAUGGGGAAGACUCUGACCUCUCGAGUGAUUUCAGCAUCCAUGAGUUUUUGGCCACAUGCCAAGAUUAUCCAUAUGUUAUGGCAGAUAGUUUACUGGAUGUUUUAACAAAAGGAGGACAUUCUAGAACCCUGCAGGAGGCGGAGAUGUCAUCUCCUGAAGAUGAAGGCCAAACUAGGACACUUGACACAGCAAAAGAAAUGGAGCAGAUUACAGAAAUCGAACCAACAGGGCAUUUAGACUCCAAUAAUCAAGACAGGCUUACAGCACUGAAAGCAGUAACAAACUUUGGAGCUCCAGUUGAAGUUUUUGACUCGGAAGAAGCUGAAGUGUUCCAGAGGAAACUUGAUGAGACCACCAAACUGCUCAGAGAGCUCCAGGAAGCCCAGAAUGAGCGUUUGAGCACCAGACCCCCUCCCAACAUGAUCUGUCUCUUGGGUCCCUCAUACAGAGAAAUGCAUCUUGCUGAACAAGUGACCAAUAACCUUAAAGAACUUGCACAGCAAGUAACUCCAGGUGAUAUUGUAAGCAUGUAUGGAGUCCGAAAAGCAAUGGGGAUUUCCAUCCCCUCCCCGGUGGUUGAAAACAACUUUGUAGAUUUAACAGAAGAUUUUGAAGAACCUAAAAAGACUGAUGUUACUGAGUGUGGACCUGAUGGGAUUUGAAGCUAACUGGUAUUUGAUUAUAUAUUAUGUAUAUAUUUUUUUCAUUCUUAACUUGGAAAUGCUUUUUCAGAAGAUAUUAAAUAUUUGUAAAUUGUGUUUUUAAUUAAACUUUGGAACAAUUAAUUUUAAUGUUCCAGAGAUUGGACUUGUGUUAGGUAAUAAAGCUGA